AUGGCGUGGAAAAGGAAUUCAAGAGUUGAGUGGCUCUGGGUAGAAGUUGUGCUGGAAGGUAGUCAGGCGGGUGAGGUUGAGCGGCUGUCCGGUCGGGUGUGCCUGAAUUUUGUUUCUUUACUACGGACACAUUCCGCCGUAAAGAUGCCGAAGCCAAAUUCUGGCCUUACGAAGGAGGAGGAAAUCCUUCUGACUGACUUCGGCCGUAAUGUUACUGCGAAGUACAGCGCGAUUUUCUAUACAAAUGCGUUUCUUGUAUCCGUUAUUCCCAUUUGGUUGUUCUGGCGUGUGCAUUUGAUGGAGCCGCUGGAUUCCGCAAUAGUGUUCGUUGUUGGAUCUUUGAUCAGUACGUAUCUCGUGGCGUUCGCCUACAAGAACACGAAGUUUCUACUGAAGCAUAAAGUUGCGUCUAAGAGGGAAGAUGCGGUGACCAAAGAAAUGUCCAAGAAACUGUCAGAGGAUAAGAAGAUGCCUAAGAAUGAGAAGGACCACCGUGUUUUGUGGAAGAUCAAUGAAGUUGCCGAUUAUGAAGCGACUACCUUCGCCAUCUUCUUCAACAACGCGAUCUUCGUUGCAGUCUUGAUCAUCGCUUCCACCUACGUUCUGCGUUCUUUUUCUCCUUCUGUGAAUUACCUAUUGUCGAUGGGGGUUGCCAGCGGCCUGAUAGCCUUGCUUUCAACUGGAUCGAAGUAAAGCAAACAAACAGGAAUUCGUUUUGCCGGCCGGCUCAGAUAUAUUCAUUUUAUUUUUGGUUGUUCUUUGUGUCUGUGUCUACUUGUUGAUGGAGGAAUAAGCAGGAGUGGAUGAGAACCGAGA